UGUGAGAGAGCGUGUGUUCACUGGACAUGUGUGUGGAUGUGUGAGAGCGUGUGUAUUUACUGGACAGGUGUGUGUGAGAGAGCGUGUGUAUUCACUGGACGUGUGUGUGUGUGAGAGAGAGAAUGGGCUUUCUGGAUCAUCAGACAGAGGCUUUGAAACUUUUACUCGAAGUUUAUGCAAACAGGAUGGCUAGAAAUAACACUGACACAAGCAAAAUGACCGUGACUUUAGCUGAAAGAGCCAGGGAAAGUUUAUUGGCUCGUUUGGUGAACAUUUUAUCACAGAUCAUAUCCAUAGAGCAGGAUUUAAUUAGGAAUCUCUCUGAAGAAGUGAAGAAUUUUCUCCGGCACAAGGACAGUGUGGACUUGAAGAACAUCUGCUUGAGGAUGGGUCUCGGAGAAAGCGGCCAAGAGUUCGACAGAAACCUGAAGGAGCUCCGGCUCUGUCUGCAGCUCAUAGUCAACAACUUACUGUCAGUGGUGCGCGACGAGAAUAAUUUACCGUCCACAGGAGCCACUCAGGAACUAAUGGGCAUAUCCAUCACACUGCCUGACAUCUGAACUGCUGUGUUAUCUGGAGAGGUGCCUGCUUUCCACGCUGAACUAACUGACUAAAGGAUUUUUUGGUCUUUUUAGCUUUUAAAUGAGGCUGAGCUGAGACGCACCCGGAGCUCCAGCAGGAUCCUGGGCUUGGCUGAAGAACUGGAACGACUCCAAACUACCUCAGAAGGUUAAUGACUAAAACAUCUUUUUUUAUUUUAUUUUAUUUUAUUUGUGAAGGUACUAAAUCCCGGAGUAUGUGACGUCUGAUCUAUACGUUUCCACUAUAUUGUCAGUGCCAAUGUUUAGAUGCAUUUCCAUUGUAUUAACCUGGGUUUUUUUUAACCCAUAGAUCUGUGUAUUACAAUCAUUUGGCUGAUGCUUUUAUCAAGAUCAAUAGAGAUUUAAGACAGAAUUACAACUUAACUUGUGAAUGUUAACUCCAGCUUGCAGUUGUGUUAAUUUUUGAAUGCACAGCCUUUUAUUUUGUUCCCAAAGCCUUAGGCGACUAUGUUAAACACUAACGUAACAAUUGAGUUCUCAGAACAAACAAACAAAACUUUUUGGCAUCAUAAAAUUUUCAGAGUAAAGUUUUCAAGGUUUAAUUCAUUUGUGUACACCUACUUUUUUAUUUUAUUUUAUUUUUUGAAAGUUGAAACUUGUAUAUUCAGUGUUAUUUUCAGUGAAGGUGUAUCUUCAUUGUAAUUACCUGAAUCGUUUCAUGCAGCCACGCCUAUUUAUUAAAGGAGACUUCUGUAACA